AUGUCAACGAGCGAUGCUGGAAUAGGAACAUGCGAAGCUUCGCACGGAUCGAUGCCGCCGUUGACAAUCUUAGCAAUGAUCUUCGCCUUUCCCACCGUCUUUUGGUUUGUGGCGUAUCUCAUUCCUCAAUUGUAUAUGGUAGUGCGCCCUGUUCCUGAUUUAAAGAAAAGAUACAAUGCUGAAUGGGCUCUGGUGACGGGAGGUGGAAGUGGAAUUGGCAAAGCGCUCGCAUUCAAGCUCGCAAGUCAGGGCUUGAACAUUGUUAUUGUCUCUCUCGACGACAAUUUCCUUAAGUCGACAAUGAGAGAACUCGCCGAAAUGUACCCGAAGCAGUCGUUUCGCGCAGCCGGUGUAACUUUCUCGCCUGGCGUCGACUACAUGGCCAAGAUCAACGCAGCAACCAAGGACAUUGACGUUCCAAUCGUUUUUAACAAUGCUGGGUUCAUGGUUACCGGAUUUCUCGAUCAAACUCCGAUUGGAAAGCUCCUGGCAAACAUUGAAUGCAAUGCUACAGCUUCAGUGAAUAUUUCGCAUUUCUUUGUGCAGAAGCUUGUCGCAAAAAAAGCAAAAGGUUGCAUUGUUUUUACAAGUAGUGUUGCUGGUUUUAUACCGACUCCAUUUGCAGCAAUGUAUGCAAGUACCAAAGCCUUUGUCUCGCAGUUUGCUGCGUGCUUACAUAUCGAAGUGCAGUCUCUUGGUAUUGAUGUAUGUGCAAUCCAUCCGUCUCCUGUCAAGAGCCAGUUUUACACGAACUUGGACCACAAAGUCGAUAUGAUUGAGAAGGCGGCAACCAGUGCAGUGUCACCAGACGAGAAAUUAGCAGACACGAUGCUAAAGAGUAUUGGUGUAUGCGCGUUGCGUGACAUGGGAGGAUUGGCGUGGGGAACGCGGAUGGGCACCUUUUUCUUGCCGUACAACUUUUUUGCCGUAGCCUUUGCAAAUGCUGCACCGUUUAUGCCCGACUGGAAGACUCACAACAAGCAUCGUUAAAAAGUAUUACUACAUAUCCUCUACUUGUAAUUGCCGGACGGACUUGUCCAACAGCUGCCUCCAACUAGAUAAUGUUUGUUUCUAUUUGCAAGACAGAACCACACGCCUUC